AUGGUACAACAAGUACAAACCUCCCAAGCAAAAGUUGGUGUUGGGUUGGAGGUCCUCUGGAGAGCUUUGACAAAAGAAUUGAGAUCUGUGGCUCAAAAAGUUAUCCCAAACUUAGUAAAGGAUGUGGAAUUGAUCGAAGGAGAUGGUGGCCUUGGUUCAGUCUUGCUCUUCAAAUUUCGCGAUGGUGUAUCAGCAAUGGCAUAUCAGAAGGAGAAGAUUGUGGAACUUGAUGAGUCUCUGCAUCAAAUUACAUUAGAAGUAAUGGAAGGGGGGUAUCUGAGUCUUGGUUUUGCUUCCUACAAGACAACUCUCAUACUGACUGGAAUUGGAGAGCAGGAGAGCUUGGUUGAUGUCAUAGUUUCAUAUCAUCACUCUCAAACAGAUCAAGAAAGUGCCAUGCCAUCAAACACAGUGGGCUCAAUGUUACAUUUUAUUAAGUGCUUAGAAUCUUAUUUCUUGAAUGGUGCUUCCUAG